ACAUGCGGCGAGCGUUGAUCAUGUGAUGAUCAUAUCACGUGAUUGUUUUGGAGACGACGAAAAUCGGGAAGUGUAACUCAGUUUUUGUCUAACUUUCGAUUCUCAAUCAUAUUGAAAUAAAGCUGCUUUUUGUUGCAUCAACCCUGUGAUAUCGUGCAUCAAUAGUUGUUUUGUUCGUGAGUAAUAGAAUUUACCAAGAUGAGAAGUAAAAUGAUGUUCUAUGCCAUUGUAGCAGCCCAGGUCUUAACCAUAAGCAUAGACAGUGUCUAUGCACUUGAUAAUGGACUGGCUCUUACCCCACCAAUGGGAUGGUUGUCAUGGGAACGCUUUCGCUGCAACACAGAUUGUGUGAAUGACCCUGACAACUGCAUUGGUGAAAAUUUGUAUAAAACCAUGGCUGAUUUGGUAGUUGAGAAAGGAUAUAAAGAUUUAGGUUAUGAGUUCAUCAACAUGGAUGAUUGUUGGAUGGCUAGUAGCAGAGAUAGUAAUGGCCGUCUCCAAGGUGAUCCCACUCGCUUCCCUAGUGGUAUCAAAGCUCUAGCUGAUUAUAUCCAUAGUAAGGGUUUGAAACUUGGCAUCUACGAAUCUAUGGGAUAUCAUACCUGUCAGAAACUACCGGGAACGUUUGGUCACAUUGAGACGGAUGCACAGACCUUUGCUGAUUGGGGUAUUGAUAUGGUCAAGAUGGAUGCAUGCUAUACACCAUCCAGCGAACUUGCAGGAGAAGGUUACAUGAAUUUCUCAAGAGCUCUGAAUGCAACUGGAAGGCCUAUUAUUUAUUCAUGUGAAUGGGCCCAUUGUGGAGGGAACUUCAGCAUCAUCGCCAAGACCUGCAACACCUUCCGUAACGGCAUUGAUAUUCAGGAUUCCUGGACGAAUGUUCAGAGUAUCAUCAAUUUCUUUAUUUCUCAUCAAGACUUAUUCACCAAUGUAUCUGGACCUGGUAGUUAUAGUGACCCUGAUAUGCUUAUUGUAGGAGACUACGCCCUUAGCAUUGAUCAAUCUCGUGCUCAGAUGGCACUGUGGGCCAUAUUGGCUGCUCAGUUAAUGAUGUCAAAUGAUCUACGAACCUUAGCUCCCUGGGCAGAGGAGAUCUUACAGAAUAAAGAAGUCAUUGCUGUCAACCAGGAUCCAUUGGGAAUCAUGGGGAAGAGAGUAUUAACGACGAGUGCAAAGAUUUCAGUAUGGACAAAGCCUUUAUCUUCAGGUUCAUUUGCAGCAGUAGUCUUCAGCGAAAGAACAGACAUGCCAUAUAACUAUACAUUCACUAUCUCCACACUGAACUUCAGUCACCCAUCAGGUUAUAAAGUCAGAGACCUUUUUGAAUCCAAGGACUUUGGUACAUUCCUUCCAGACAAUGACAUCAGCGUGAUGGUGAAUCCUGUUGGUGUGGUGAUGAUACGAGGGGAUCCAGUCAUGACCAAUCACAUUAAACCAGAGAAAAAACCCAGUAAUAGAUUCUUGAAAUCGCUUCUUCAGGCCAGAAAAGUAAAUGAUAUCCAAGCUAAUGGUGUUUUUAACAUGGUUCAAGUAAAAGAGAAUACAUUAAAAAAAGUGUCGAGUGAUUAAAGCAUGUCAAUAAUGGGAAAAGAAACAAUGGCAGUAAAAUGAGGUAAUGUAAUAUUAAUCUUUGAUUUGCUCCCAGUUACCUGAUAUAGUGGUGUUAACUCUUUAUCAAAGGAAAAAAGAAAAUCAUGUGUGUGAUAUUUAUCUUUUUAAAGCGAAUUACUGAUUCGACGAAAUGACAGGAUAAUAUUCUCAAUGGUGUUUCUGUGUGCCACUUAAAUAGAGCACAUGACAAUCAACUUGUUAUAUAAAAUAGCAGGCCAUUGUACAUGCUAUUUUUUAAAGAAAAAUUUGAAAGAAUGAUUGUGAGACUCUGAUUUAAUUAAUUUAUUAAUCGUGUGUUCGAAUCCCACCAAGGCCUAGCGUCCUUUGGCAAGGCGUUAAUCCAUACUUCGCCACUCUCAACCCAGGUGUUAAAUGGGUACCCGGUAGGAUGCGAAAGCCUAUGUAGUAUGCCUAGCAAUGGAGUCUUGGAACUCUUGUUGGAAUGGAAGUGGAGAAAGUGCAUACAUUGUUUGCGGGCAUGCCAAAAUCCUAUGACUGGGGUAAUAAUAAUUGCAAUGUAAAGUGCUUAGAAACAAAGUGUAAUAAGCACUAUAUUAAUGUAACUAUUAUUAUUGUUAUUAUUAUUUUGGUUCUGGAAGAGUAUGUUCAAAGGAUAAAUGUUUCUUUAUAAACUUGUGUUAUCACUGUUCAUAUUCAUUCACAGCUAUUAAUUGUAAAAAUAGAUGAUAUAGGCUUCCAUGCGGGGAGAUUGACAUUAUUUUCUUAUCACUUCAUACUGUAGGAAGAGUAUCAUAUUGUUAUUCCAUCUAUGUAGGCAUAAGAUAGUACUACUUGUAUGUGAAAAUCUUGUUUGUAUUCAGAGAAGUCAUGUUUACUGAUAAACAAACUUGUCAUUUUGAAUCUUAUAGCUUAUGUGAUCAAUAUGUAUGUAUGUGUUGCAUUAUGUCAGGUUGAUUGUCAGGGCCCCUGUGAAGAUUUGUAAUCAAUUGCAUAAUUCAACAACAGUUUUUAUUGGAUGACAACUGAUGUGUUUGAUAAUCUGUGCAUACUAUAAUGAUUCCGAUUGGCUGAUAGUUGGUAUGUUUGGCAAUCUGUGCAUAUAACAAUGAUCUUGAUUGGCAAGUAUAAUUGAUCACAAUCCUUUGUAUUAUGGGACCCUUGGCUUCUAGAGUGCUCAUUAUAUUGUAGCCAAUAAUUCAGUCAGACAAGCAAUAGUGAUAUGGCAAGGUAUACAAAACAUCGUAUAAAUCUACUAAAUUCUUUUGUUCAUUUACAUUUAAAUAGGGACAUAAAAUCAUGGAGCAAAGCUAUUGUCACCAUUAGGUGUUCUUGUACUUUCUCAUGCAUCUCUGCCCCUCUCUUUCUAUCUCCCUCUGUCACAUUCCUAGCUGUACUCUUUGAUAGUCUGAUAAAAUCGUUUUGCCACUUUCUCUCUAAACAAAUGAGAAAUAACGAUGAUGAUGAAUAGGACAGCAACUUCAUGCAAUAUCACCUUUUUGUUAUUAUAGUUGUACCUAGUAUCGGUGCUUUGUAUCCUCUGGAAAAAGCACUAUAUGAAUCCAGGUGUACUAGUGAAUGGUUACAACACAAGUCUUGUGUAUGUAGAUUACAUGAAUGUAGUUUUCUAACUCAAAUAGUUUUAUAGAUUUUAUUUUUCCACCUGUGCAUAUCUACUCCUUAGCUAUUUCUAGGCUCUUUACACAAAGCCUACAAUUGAUCAUAGGGCUAAUUUCUAAGCUUGGUUACAUUGAAGACGUAAUGCAAUCAAUCAUACAUAUCAACUGUAUGAUUAAUUCGGUGGAUUCACAAUAUGGUGCACCAUCUAUUGGUUGCAGCGAAAAGGCCAAAUUUCUAACUUGGGGGUCGACAUCGCGCGCAGACAGCGCACAUACUGGAAUCUGACUAAUGCUUCAAAAAAAAAAACACAUGCCAAGAAUUCAUAAAAAUAUUUCUCUCCCACCUCCUGGACCCUAGUAAACAGCUUAUCUGGUCGAGCCGCGUCGGCCAGCACUUAAUAAUCGCAUGCAUGCAUGUAGCUUAGUACUAGCGCGCUCAACAGAUGUCGACAUUUUCCUAUGAGGCAUUGCGAAUUUUGGCCUGUCCGCUGCAACAGAUAGAUGGCGCACGGUAAUGGGAAUCCAUUGCUAAGCUUUAUGUUACCAGCUUUGGCAUCUGCAUUACCAUUAGUUAUUCACUUUCAACACUGUAUUUGACACAUAAUGUACUUUUUUUCAUACUUUUAAAAAGUUUUUUUUCCCCCCAUUUCAGUUCUGAUACAUACCCACCACUUUGAUCUCUUAAUGCCUUCUUUACAUUUUUUAUAUUCCUUUGUGGCAUAUUCGCGAGUAUUUAGUCUGCAACAGCAAUCAGUUUUAAGAAAGUGAUGCUUUUAACAGUCCAACACCCAAUUUCCAGUCUAAUCCUUGAUAUGCCAUAGAAGACGCAUUCUUUGUGUAUAAAUGAUCCCAUUCGACAUGAUUUUCCUAUCUGUAUAUCAAUACUAAGAGGCAACUGAUAAAUACAGACUUAGGCCUGCUGAGAAAGCAGAUUGUAUGAUUUUAUCAUGUUGGAUUUUUAAUUGACUUUUUUUACCUUUAAAGAGGCUUUCUUUCAUAUAAUAUUUUGGACAUGUUCAAGUGUGCCAUAUUUGACAAGUGGGGCAAUACCAGUUCUUUCAUUAUAUUUUGAAUGUGUAGUGGAUAAUUUUUUUCUACUUUUCAAUCAUAGCUCUUGAAAUACUUUCUCAAUAAAUAAAAAUAAAAAAAAACA